GCUGCCGAGCCUGACCCUUGACAGGCUUUGGAAUUUCCCUGAACUCAGACCAGAUCAGGGAUUGUUUUUGAAUCUAGAAAUGAACUUGUGCUCCCUUUAGAAAGCCUUAUUUGGUGCACUCAUGAGUCUCUGUUGCAGAGAUCUCAGCUUUGCAAAUAAUUUGGGACUGAUUACUUCCCUCGGAAAAGCUGCUGGCUGUUGGUGGUCCACAGAAGUUUCAACGCAGGUACAAGCAAGGAAAGUUCCUGCUGAGACUCACUCUAAGGAAACCGCAAAAGGAAAACUCUGAGAACCUACUUCAGGAUGAGGUUGCAAGGUCGAAGGAGAAGUACUUUCAACACAAGCAAAUGCUGUGCGUUAACCAGCAGAUGCAGAAGGCUCGUUCUCCCAACAGCUGCAGCGCCUGAGAGAAGAAUCUGGCUGCUGAGGGGGCCGCGGCCGCCGCUCCUGCUGCUGCUCUCCCUGCUGCUCUCCAGCCUGCAGAGACCCACCUGGAGUUCUCAGGUUGAAACUAAUAUUGACUUUGACUUGGCACCAAAUUCCUUUGAUGAUCAGUACCAGGGCUGCAGCACACAGGUCAUGGAGGAGCUAAAUCAAGGGGAUUAUUUCAUAGAAGAAAUGGAAAGCCAUAAGAAUUAUUCCAGGGCCUGGCACCAGGCUCACUUAACCUGGCUGAACCAACCAAAAGUCCUUCCCAAGAACAUGACUACUGCCCAUGCUGUGGCCAUUUUGGUUUAUACUUUGAACAAUAAUAUUCGCUCUGAUUUCACUAAAGCCAUGGCCAGUGCUGGCAGAUCUUCAUGGCAGUACAAGCAUUCAUUCUAUUUCAAAUAUCUACACUACUACCUGACCUCAGCAAUCCAGCUGCUGAGGGAAGAAAUCAACAAGAAUGGCACUCUGUGUUAUGAGGUAUACCAUGAGGUGAAGGAUGCCUACCUUAAAGCCCACCUUAAUGCCACCAUUCGAUUUGGCCAGUUCCUCUCCACCUCCCUUCUAAACGAAGAGGCACGGGAAAUUGAGAACCAAACAGUAUUUACCAUAUUUACCUGCCUGGGUGCACCUGUAGAAGACUUCUCCCUCAAAAAGGAGAUCCUGGUCCCACCCUAUGAGUUGUUUAAAGUCGUAAAUAUGAGCUACCACCCAAGAGGAAGCUGGUUGCAAUUGCAGUCAACUGGGAAUCUAAGCACAUAUAACUGCCACCUGCUAAAAGCUUCCAGCAAGAAGUUCAUCCCUGCUCCUUUAGUUACUGCUUCUCUCUCCAUUUUCACCAGUGUCAUCAUCUCUUCCAAAAGCCGAGUGUAGCGGAGUGCAGGGUACUUAACUACCCUUUGGGAAUCACUCUGUCCAGCUCUCGAUUGAUGCAGAGCUGGCUCAGCUCACGGCGUUUGGGUGGGCCUGGACCUCAAUCUUCCCAGUGGACACAGAGAUUCAUGCUGGAAUAGCAAAUGACCCAAUCAGAGCCUGUGAGAUAAAAUCCAGAGUAUUUUAUUAGGAUUGGGGUUAGGGAUAAGGUGGGCGCCACUCUUUUGGGUGCCAAUUAAGCCUGGAAGUGCUAACAGCUAAUAGGCCACCAGGAUAGGAGACCCUACCUUCCUGAGAGUGGAGCUCACACAAUGAAGGAAGAGCUGAGAAAUGAAGACAAUUGAGUCCCCAUGACAGUGUAUGAGCCUGUAGGCACAAAUGUGCCUGAAGCUGGAUACCCUGGGCUUUUUCAUUAUAUAAGUCAAUAGAUUAUCUGUUUGCUUAAAUAAUUUGAAUUAAAUUUUUUGUCCCAAACAACUGAUAGAAUUCUGAUGAAUACAAAGAACCUUCCCUUCUCUUUUAUUUAGUGAAUUCUAAAUAAGAACAAAGGAGCCCUAGUGGCACAAUGAUUAGGCACUCGGCUGCUAACCUAAAGGUCAGCAGUUUGAAGCCACCAGCGGCUCCGAAGGAGAAAGACUUGGCAAUCUGCUCCCAUAAAGAUCACGGCCUAGGAAACGCUAUGGAGGUGGUUCUACUCUAUCAUAUAGGGCUGCAAUGAGUCAGAUCUAUUCAAGGCCACACAACAACCACAAAUAGGAACAAGUCAAAGAAGCUUUAAUUAGAAAGCAGAGGACAAAUUCUUCAUCAAAUGGACAAGCUUUGAGCCUCAGAAGGAUAACCAAAGUGUGAAUUUUCUUUAGGAAUUUUUCUCAGCAUUCAAGAUGAAACCAAUGUGGUCUCAGGUGGGAGGAAACAUGGAAACUUGAAAAAUGAAAGAGAAAGUUAAAGAAAGACGUUAGUGAAAUCUCAUUCACUUCCCUUAACAGGGUGUUACACUCAUGUUCCUACAAUAUUACAAAAGUUAGAAUUUGAACUCGUAUGGUAAUUUAUGGAGGACCUGAUGGUAAAUUGAACUUUGUCUCCAUAGCAAAUUUAAGCACAUUUAUUAGGAAAGCAUGUUUAUGUGUGUGGAGGCAAAGUGGAAGAUAUGGGAGAAAACAAACAUCUGAUGACCAAGAAAAUAUCAAAGAUGCAUUGAUUCCCCAUUACGUGCAAACCAUGAGAUAUAAAGAAGCAUAAAUCAUUGAAUUUCUUAGCUCAGAACUCUCCAACACUUUCCUUGGGCAGAAGGCAAUUUAGGUGGGAAGAUGGAGAGUUGAUUUACCCGAUCUCCAAAGACUCUAGUAUUGAGCUAAACAGAGUGAAGGGGAGGGCUAGCUAUACACCUUUGAAUUCUGCCUAAAGUCCAUGCCACUUAGCCUGUCUGAGAAGAUAAGAAGCAUCAAACUUGGAAAUCAAUUCAUCUACUCCCAGUCGGAGUUCUCAAAGGGCCUGUGUCCUGAUGGAAGAGACUGAACAGGUAAUCACAUAGAAUCACCUGCCACCUACAUACUGUUGUUGUUGUGUGCCGUUGAAUAGAUUCCCACUCACGACAACCCUAUAGGACACAGUUGAACUGCCCUGUAGGGUUUCUUAGGCUGUAAUCUUUAUC